AUGCCGUCAGUGUCGCAAGUAAUUUCAAUAGACGGUGAACACAAUUGUUUUUUACUUCUAGAAGAUGGAACUUUUUUUCCCGGCAGGAGUUUUGGAGCACACGUGCCUGUUGAUGGCGAAGUUGUAUUUCAAACUGGAAUGGUUGGAUACCCCGAAUCAUUGACAGAUCCAUCAUACCACGCACAAAUAUUAGUAUUGACUUAUCCGCUGAUUGGUAAUUACGGAGUGCCAGGAGACGAAAAAGACGAGCAUGGGCUUCCUUAUUGGUUUGAGUCGAACAAAAUAUGGGCAGCGGGGCUUAUCGUCGGAGAAAUUUGUAACACUCCAAGUCAUUGGCGUCAGACUAAAACUCUGUCCCAGUGGAUGGUGGAGCAGAAUAUUCCGGGAAUCAGUGACAUAGACACCCGAGCAUUGACCAAAGUUAUCCGCGAGAAGGGCAGUAUUUUAGGAAAAAUAGUCCACGCGCAGCCACCGAUGAGCGUCACGGAAAUCCCGUCAAUAUCAAACCCCAAUGACAGGAACCUCGUAUCCGAGGUGUCAUGCAAAUCUCCGAUAACUUUCAACCCUCAAGGUACUCCCAAGAUCUGCGUCGUCGACUGCGGGCUCAAGUUUAACCAGAUUCGAUGCUUUCUCAAUCGAGGAGCUCGCGUUGAUGUCGUACCAUGGGAUUACGAUCUGUCGAAGGUAACUUUUGACGGAUUAUUCCUCAGCAACGGACCCGGCGACCCCGCAGUGUGUCAAGCGACCAUUGCCAAUAUUCGCAAAGUAUUAGGCAAAAAAAUUCCCAUUUUCGGCAUCUGUAUGGGUCAUCAAUUGUUGUCCCUGGCUGCUGGCUGCAAAAGCUACAAAAUGACCUACGGAAACCGAGGACACAACCAGCCGGCUCUUCACCUUGCAACCGGACGUUGCUACAUGACCUCGCAAAACCACGGAUUCGCCAUCGACGGAAAAGAACUGCCCGAGGGAUGGGAACCGCUUUUCACCAACGCCAACGACGACAGCAACGAAGGAAUUGUCCACACAAGUUUGCCGUAUUUUUCAGUUCAAUUUCAUCCUGAACACACUGCUGGACCCCAAGAUCUCGAGUGUCUGUUUGACGUCUUCCUCGAGGCCACAAGGUUCCAAAUGAAAAACAGCUCUGCGGAGUUUAAUGUCAAAGAUAAAUUAACAGAGAAGCUCGUCUACAAGCCAGCCAGCGAAGAAGCACACACCAGACCGAAGAAAGUAUUGAUUCUAGGCUCUGGAGGUCUCAGCAUCGGGCAAGCCGGAGAAUUUGAUUACUCUGGCUCCCAGGCUAUCAAAGCACUGCGCGAAGAGUCUAUACAAACACUUUUAAUUAAUCCGAACAUUGCAACCGUACAAACAUCCAAGGGAAUGGCUGACAAAGUUUAUUUCUUGCCAAUUACUCCGGAGUAUGUUGAACAAGUAAUAAGAUCCGAGAGACCCGACGGUGUAUUGCUGACUUUCGGUGGGCAAACUGCCUUGAACUGCGGUGUUGAGCUUGAAAAGUCUGGAGUAUUCAAAAAUUACGGUGUUAAAAUUCUUGGAACACCUAUUCAGUCCGUUAUCGAUACAGAGGACCGUAAAAUAUUCAGCGAGAAAAUAAACGCCAUUCAGGAACGAGUCGCUCCCAGUGCUGCUGUUUAUUCUAUUCAGGAAGCUCUGGAGGCUGCUGAGAAACUGGGCUAUCCAGUAAUGGCUCGCGCUGCUUUCUCCCUCGGAGGUCUUGGUUCUGGAUUUGCCAAUAAUAAAGAUGAGCUACGAGUUCUCGCUCAACAGGCUCUGGCUCACUCCAGUCAGUUAAUCAUUGACAAGUCUCUGAAAGGAUGGAAGGAAGUCGAGUAUGAAGUUGUAAGAGAUGCUUAUGACAACUGUAUCACAGUUUGCAAUAUGGAGAACGUUGAUCCUUUAGGUAUUCACACCGGUGAGUCCAUUGUCGUAGCGCCGAGUCAAACUCUGUCGAACCGAGAGUACAACAUGCUGAGAACUGUCGCGAUAAAAGUAAUCCGACACUUUGGAAUUGUGGGUGAAUGCAACAUCCAGUACGCACUCAAUCCUUUUUCUGAAGAGCACUACAUCAUUGAAGUAAACGCAAGAUUGUCUAGAAGUUCCGCUUUAGCUAGCAAAGCCACUGGGUACCCGCUCGCUUAUGUUGCCGCUAAAUUAUCUCUAGGAAUUCCCUUGCCAGAGAUAAAAAACUCAGUCACCAGCAAAACUACCGCUUGCUUUGAGCCCAGCUUGGAUUAUUGCGUCGUGAAAAUUCCACGAUGGGACUUGAAUAAAUUUCAGCGAGUCAGCACAAAAAUUGGAAGCUCCAUGAAAAGUGUAGGCGAGGUAAUGGCAAUCGGUCGCAAGUUUGAAGAAGCUUUCCAGAAGGCUCUUCGUAUGGUAGACGAAAACGUCACCGGAUUCGAUCCCUACAUCAGAUCGCUAAAUGACGACGAGCUGGAAAAACCGACUGACAAACGAAUGUUCGUACUAGCAGCCUCCAUAAAAGCUGGAUACUCUAUUGACCGGCUCUACGAGUUGACGAAAAUUGACCGCUGGUUCCUCACAAAAAUGAAGAACAUUAUUACCUGCUACGAAUUGCUCGAAGGACUCGAUCAAGGUAUGAUGUCUCACGCAGUUUUGUUAGGAGCUAAACAAAUAGGCUUUUCUGACAAACAAAUCGCUGCUGCUAUCAAGAGUACGGAGCUGGUGGUUCGCAAACAGAGAAAAGAGAGUAACAUUCGCCCGUUUGUCAAACAAAUAGACACUGUGGCUGCUGAAUGGCCCGCGACGACUAAUUACUUGUACCUGACUUACAAUGGGUCAAUUCACGACGUAGAUUUCCCAACCGGGUACACUAUGGUGAUUGGUUCUGGAGUUUACCGAAUUGGAAGCUCUGUAGAGUUUGACUGGUGUGCUGUGAGCUGUCUCCAGGAGCUCAGGAACCUAGGACGUAAGACAAUCAUGGUGAACUACAAUCCAGAAACCGUGAGUACAGAUUACGACAUGUCAGACCGGCUUUACUUUGAAGAAAUAUCAUUUGAAGUUGUUAUGGACAUUUACGACCACGAGAAUCCGGAAGGAGUAAUUUUGUCGAUGGGAGGCCAGCUCCCGAAUAAUAUUGCGAUGGAUUUGCACCGUCAACAGGCGCGAAUUUUAGGUACGUCUCCGGAGUCAGUAGACGGAGCGGAAAAUCGAUUCAAAUUCUCGCGAAUGCUCGAUCGCAUUGGAAUUUCGCAGCCCCGUUGGAAAGAAUUGACCAACUUGCAGUCGGCCAUUGACUUCUGCGAGGAAGUGGGGUAUCCUUGUCUCGUUAGACCCUCGUACGUGCUAAGUGGGGCGGCUAUGAAUGUAGCUCAUUCGCACCAAGACCUCGAAUCGUACUUGAAAAAUGCGAGCGAUGUCAGCAAAGAACAUCCGGUUGUCAUUUCUAAAUUUAUACUCGAAGCUAAAGAAAUAGACGUCGAUGCGGUUGCUUACGAAGGAGUUAUUCUCUGCAUGGCUGUGUCAGAGCACGUCGAGAAUGCUGGCGUGCACUCCGGAGACGCCACACUGGUUACGCCGCCACAGGAUAUAAAUGCCGAGACGCUGGCGAAAAUUAAAAAAAUUUCCCGAGCUGUCGCGGGUUCUCUUGAAGUCACUGGUCCCUUUAAUAUGCAGCUUAUUGCUAAAGACAACGAGCUCAAAGUUAUUGAAUGUAAUGUUAGAGUAUCUAGGUCGUUCCCGUUCGUUUCCAAAACUCUGGAUCACAAUUUCGUCGCCAUGGCCACGCGUUUGAUCGUCGGAGAAACUGUUGAUCCGGUUGAUGUACUGGCAGGCUGCGGAAAAGUCGGAGUUAAGGUACCACAGUUUUCUUUUUCGCGUCUAGCGGGAGCAGAUGUUACUUUGGGUGUUGAGAUGGCGUCGACUGGAGAAGUUGCUUGCUUUGGAGACAACAGGUACGAGGCUUAUUUGAAGGGAAUGAUGAGUACUGGGUUCCAUAUACCGGAGAAAGGAAUUCUUUUAUCUAUUGGCAGUUUUAAGCACAAAAUGGAAUUACUUCCAUCAAUUCGUAGUCUACAUAAAAUGGGAUACAAAUUAUACGCUAGUAUGGGAACAGCCGAUUUUUACACUGAACAUGGAGUUGAUGUG